AUGGCAAACACGGUCUUCCGUAAACUUCCCGAUCUGCGAGUAAUAGAUUUAAAGUCAGAACUGGAAAAAAGGGAAUUAGACCGAAGUGGCAACAAGGCUGCUCUGUUGUCCAGGUUACAAGAGCCUUGCGACGGCGAAGAGGCUUUACUAGCUGAAGGCCAAGAUCCAGAGGUAUACAUGUUUGAAGUAGAAGAAGUACCUGGGUCAAAGAAAAAAAAAUUAAGGCGAGACAAAGAAAGCGAUUCUCAGGAAGCUGAAUGUGACGAAGACGAUGAGGAGGAAGUAGAGUCGGAUCUCUCUGUUAGAUUGGAUUCGUGUAAAGGAUCUAUGGAUUCAGAUGGCACUGUUGAUUCCGGCGACGCAACAGUAGUUAAAGUUCCUAAUCCCGAAGCGGUUGAACCAAAAUGCCCAUUCACUGUGGAAGAUACAAUUUCUCUUCACAAAGCGAACCAGAAUCAUGGAGGAGAGCCGUCACUGAUUGUGAACGCUGAUGAAAACUCGGCGGAGUCGCAGCCUCCUAUCGUUGUUAAUAUCGAAGCGCCUCAGAAGAUGCAUGUGGAAAUGGUCGUCCAAUCAGCUUUUUGCUCUGACAUUGAUGUGAAUGACGACGUGAAGAGCAGCAGUACGCAACAAGUACAGCCCGAAAGUGGGGUUCCUGAAGAGAAGCCAAGCGUAACAUCUACCGGUGUCAGUCUCUGGGUUAGCGGUUUAGCCUCUACUACUAGAGCUACGGAUCUGAAGGCGCUGUUUUCAAAGUUUGGAAGGGUUUCCACUGCCAAAAUUGUUACCUCGGCAAAAGCACCUGGUUCAAAAUGUUACGGUUUCGUGACAAUGUCAAAUCCUGACGAGGCUUCAAAAUGCAUUCAGCACUUGCAUAGAACCGAACUGCAUGGUCGAAUGAUUUCCGUGGAACGAGUCACACUACUGCGAGUGAGCCAAGACGAGAUAAAGAUAUUUCAUCCAGGCCGCAUGAAAGGACAGAGCGAUCAAGAGAACGCUGUGAGUUUGCAUGACUUAGAUAUUUUUGUUCAUAAGUUUAGUGUAGUAACAGGUUGAUU